UUGAUUUGGCAAACAAAAAUUGUGAUUAUUCAGUUUUUUUGUUGUUUGAAUUAAUUAAUUUAAUAAUUUAGACAAAAUGUAUCAUUGUGGGAUGAGGCAGAUGGAAGAAAGACAUGUGGCUAACCAAGUGGACCUUAUGGUCUGGAGUAAUAGGCUUGAUCUUCUUGCCAUUAGCAAUUUUAAAGGUGAAGUUCAGGUUCACAGACUACAUUGGCAAAAAGUGUGGAAUUUACCACCACCCAAGGAAAAUGUAACUGUAAGCUGCAUGGCUUGGAGACCAGAUGGAAAGGCUUUAGCUGUUGGCUACAGUUCAGGCAGUGUUUACAUAAUUGAUAUUGAAGACAAAGACGUUCUUGACAAAUAUGAUUUGGAACAUGAAAUCUCUGAGGACUUUGAAGGGCCAAAGAACAUAGGAAUAACAUGCAUAACAUGGGCUGUGAGAGCUGGUACAUUAGAGAGUGCAACUGAAUAUAGUUUAUAUGAAGACACUACAAUGUUUCUCCAAAAGCCAUCAUCAUUUACUGCUUUCAAUACAAGUUACAAAAAUCAAGGAGGUGAAGACAGUGUCAAAAGUUUAAAAGAGAUCCAGGAGCCAAAACAUCUUACCAUGCUUCUGGUUGGCUAUGGAUCUGGAUGUAUUUUCAUGAGUAUUUUUGGCAGAUAUCCCUAUGGCACAGUGCAGCUAGCACAGGUCACCAGAGAUGAGGGUGGAGACUAUAAAAUCCUUGACAUCAGUCUAUCUGAUGACUUCAGUGUAAUGCAAGUGGUUUAUAUGGACAGAGUCACAAAGAAUGUGCUACUAUCACUUGUCAACACCAGUGUGUUGUCAGCAUAUGCAGAAGAAAUUUUUGUAGUGGCUAAUAAGCAUGGACAGAUAACACAGAUGCUGUCGUAUUUGGACCAGACUAUGACUUCGAUUACUGAAGCAUGGGAGCAUAUUUUAUUAGAAAUGGACACUAAAAUGGCAUACUAUGCAGCAUCUGUACCUGAAGGAGGAGUUUCUGCAGAUUUAUUAGAAUUGCUUAUGUUAGGAGUCCCAUCAGAUGAGUUAGAAUUAUUCUUACUACAAGAAUUAACUGCUAAAGGCCUUAAAAAAUUCGGAAAUUCUGUGGAGCUAAGUUACUCAACAAUCCAAAAAUUAGUUCUAAGGCAAUUAAACAUUGUGGGACAGCAUUUAACCUAUUAUUUAUCAGAACUUCGUGGCCUUACUCGAAUACCAGACAGAUAUAAGACUUUAGGUGUUGAAGAGAGCACUGUUACUGGAGCCAUUCGAGCUUGCUGCAGUUUUCUCAACAAGUGUCUAGAGUUGCAACAAGUGAUUGAUGCCUCUAUGCGAAACUACAAAGCUUUCUUUAGGUGGCUCUUUGUUGUUAUUGUUCGGUUAUUGGAUGAGCAAACACCCAGUGACAUUGUGAAAAUAAACCAACAAGAAUUGAGCCACAUUGCUGAGUUCUUGUACAACUUUGAUAAUGUACAGGUCGAAAGCAAUGACAGCGUUCCUGAAAAGCCAGUAAAAUUCAAUCUAGAAAGGUUAGGGCAAUAUUUGCAAGACCAAGAUUUGUCAAUAUUGCCUGAUGAUGAAGACAACCCUUGGCAUAAAUUUUUAAGAGAUAACUCAUGUAUUAUGAAAGACACAGAUACAAUCUUUUGUAUGGCAGAAUUUAAGAAAUACUCCCUUGUGCAACAACAUAAAUAUCUAAAAAAUGCUGUUUAUCAAAUAUUUGAUGUCACCCACAAAGAUGUUGGCAAGAACUUUUCACUUCUUUACAACAUUAAAUGCUAUGAAAACAAAUCAGAGACUACUAUUGAGAAUAAUAUCAGAGUAUCUCAAUUGUUCGAUGCUGCUCAACAGAGGUUUAUGAUGGCAUUUUUGAAUCUAAAUGAUAAGCAUGAAGUUUGUUUUAUGUCAACAAAUUUAAAAGAGAGGACAUGCAGUGCUACUGCUAGUAAAUAUCACUUCCUACCAAAUCUUUUGAAGGAGUCCAAAGACAAAUCCACCAGUGGAGAAAAUGUAGCAGUGUUGGACAUACAGUUUUAUUCUUCAGAUUACUUGUCUGUUCUCAUAGAACAUCCACACAAUGUAGAAAGUAGCAUAUUUGUUCAAGUUCCAUUGAAAAUUGCUGUAGAAAACUCGUGCGACUUUAAUAUUAAAUCAAAAUCGUAUAUAUUUAGUGAUAAAAUGCAAAACAAGAACAUGUCGUCUUUGUUAGAGUAUGACGUUUAUAAAGUUCUUGAUAAAAUGGACGGAUUCAGAAUCGCAGUAUCGGGAGGGCGUAAAGUUGCUGUUGUAUUAUCAAAGAGCUUCAGGAAGGUUCGAGUAUUCGAGAUGGAGGUAGAUGGAGAUGAAGACGAGGACGAAACCCUUGACAUCACGCCUCAGUCUCAUAACCGGAGCAGCAACAGUCAUUGUAUGUCUGAGCAACAGAAUAUUACAACUGAUGAGACAUUUGAAUAAAAGAACCCUUUUAUUUAACAA